CUUUCCUGAAAAGAAGUUAGAAAACAACCAAAUAGGGAAUGAGUUGCCUUUGAAAGUGACAAUGCACAAACAAUUGGUUUGGUUCUUCCUGGGUUUGAUCUAUUCUUUAUCCAGCACAACAGAAAACUGCUUGAUCACAAGCAUGGAAGAAGAAAAACACACUCAAUUUUCUUAUCCCCAAGAGGAAAUGGAUGGACUGGCACAAGGGCUGCUGCAGUUUGGCAUCGUGUUUAGGGAGCAGGUAAGGCAAAGCAAACAGCAAAUCUGCCACAUGUUUCAACAGCUGGAUGCUUUUGACCGCUCUUUGGUUGAGCUGUUGAAACAAGUCAGCCGACAGGAGAGACUGAGGAUUUGCCUGAAGCAGAGAGCUAGGCAACUUGAGAGGAGGGAUGGAGAUCUUUAUCAGCUACUUGCUAAGCUCAAGAAGGAACUUGUCCGAGGAAUGAAAUACAGAGAAAGCUUUGACAAGAACCUAGAGCUGCUAGAGCAAAAGAUUGAAGAUGCCUUGUUCUAUAAGGCAGGUGGGAGUACAUUGAUGAAUGUGACUGACAUUAUGUCUCUUUUGCAAACACAAAGUGUGAGAAUAAACAAGAUUUUUGCCGAUGUGGAAAUUCAGCAAGAUCAACUAAGUGAACGAGAUACUUUAAUUCAAAAAUUACUGAAAAAGGCAAGAUCGAAAAGCAAACUCACUAAGCAGUCAAGGAACAAUGAAGAUGAGAAGAACAUGUCUGAAGUUUAGGGGAAAGAGAGGCCUCUAUCUUUGUGUAUUGUCCUACCCUAAAUAGUUUGAGUAGAUUUUAAUAAAGCAAUGGUCCUUGAG